AUGCUCCCCGGCGCGCUGGCUUGGCACUGCGGAACCUCCGCGACGCUCCUCAGCUUGCCCGCAACUCCGGGUUUUGGCAACCUGGGGAAAAGUUUUCUGAUCGAGAACUUACUGAGGGCCGGAGGAGCCCAGCAGCAAGCCCUCCACAGCCUGCCUGCCACCCCGGUGCCGCUGAAGCUGUGCCCCGCAGAACAAGCCAGCCUCCCCGGAGGCGCCUUUCCCAGCCGCUGUUGGCCUUUCCUGGCGCUCAACUCCUCGGCAGCAGACGGCAGAACUCCGGCGGACAGAGAAGGGUCUUUUCACGCAGCAGCAGCCGCUCUCCCGAAGCAUUUUUUCCUGCAGUCCCCGCUGGUCUAUUCGGCAUGCUGCGGUGGGUCCUGUCAACACCCUGCAUCCCCCACUGCUUUUCCAAGACAGGAAAACGUUCUGCCUCUUCUAACCCAGGACUCCAGAUCCCGGAGAGGGAUUUUAAGAAGGGCUGUCUUUUCUGAAGAUCAGAGAAAAGCUUUGGAGAAAAUGUUUCAGAAACAGAAAUACAUCAGCAAAACAGACAGGAAGAAACUGGCUCUCAGUCUGGGCCUGAAGGAGUCACAGGUCAAAAUAUGGUUUCAAAACAGAAGGAUGAAAUGGCGAAAUUCCAAAGAAAAAGAAGUACUUUCCAGCAGAGCCUUGCCAGAGGAAGGUCUUCAAGAGGCCUACCUUUCCAAAUCCUCCUUGAAUUUCAUUCCUCCACCGUGCCCUGCCUGGCAAAUAUCUCCACAACAGACAAGUCCAACAUGGCAGAAUCUUCCAGAACACCCAGAGAGACUGAGCAGCAGAAGUAGCUUGCAGUCGUCUCCAAGAGCAAACUCAUCUUCUGGCACAUUGUAUUUCUAUCAGGAACCAGAAACCAUAGAGGAGGCAAUUAUAUCAUAA